AUGGCAAAACAGAUGUCGUCAAAGUUCAAUUAUGAGCAUGAGAGGAAGGAAGCAUUUAUUGAUAUCAUGAGAACCUACCUACAAAAUUACAGUUUCAGUGGUAAUGAAAUCUCUGGUUUCCAGUCAGAUGGACACAUUGUGCUGACAAUCAAGGGAGAAGAAACAAUCCUUUCCAUUCUGGAAGUCAAGCCAGAGUUUGGGAAAGGACACGGUUGUGCAUACAUACAAGCAUCAGCCUACUAUGCGAAAUAUGUGUUGAAGGCACAGGACAAGUGUUGGGAAAUCCUGAAAAAGACGUGUUGCCCAGUCUUCAUACUGUAUGUUGCAGGUCCUUUUCUUGGUUUUGCUGCAAACUUCCCAUAUCCUUGUGAAUUUAAUCAUCUGGAACAACCAGGGAACAAAGUAAAAUUCACAUACUUGGAACGGCUUUUUGAGAACAAGCUGAUAUACCUUGCAACCUUGUCUGAUGCAAAGGAACAUUAUCAGAUCAUUGUCAAGUUUACUAAGAUUUAUGGCAAAAAUGCUCAUUGUGUUGCUGCUAAAUGUGGGCAUGCACCAAAAGUGUUAGGAUAUGACAAAAUCGGAGGAGAUUGGAAGAUGAAGAUGAUGGCAGAAAUACAGGAUAAGGAGGCAGUAAAAGACAAAGUAACAAAAGCAGUGAGGACUCUUCAUGAGUCAGGUUAUGUUCAUGGAGACCUGCAAGAUUGUAACAUCAUGGUUAAGACAAACAUGAAGGAAAUUAAGAUUCUUGAUUUCGACUGGGCAGGACCAGUAGGUGAAGCUCGUUAUCCAUGGUUCAUGAACCCAAAUAUACCAUGGCAUCCAGAUGUCUAUCCCAAUGAACUCAUACAGGAGAAUCAUGACAGAUAUUUUGUCAAGAAAACAUGUG